UAAAUAUUAUAACUUUGAUAAUUGCAUAAUUGUCUGUAAAGUGUAAAUCUAUUAUAAUAAACGAAAUUCAUAUAUAUUUUUAUUUUUAGUAAUUAAACGUAUAAGAUUUCCUUUCCCUGGUCGUAAAAGUAGAUAUUACUACAGGAUGUAGCAUGAAAAUGGUAAGGGGAGUUUAAUGCAUCAUGUACAUGAGUAAAAAAAUAGUGGAUAAUUGAUUUGUUCCCAUUGGCGUAGCUAUGAUUUUUGUCUAGAGCAAUGAGAUUUCGCAUCAUUAUUAAGAAGUAUGAAAGUAGUAUUUGAAAAUUUAAGAAUUUAAAAUUUAUAACCAUACAAAUUUUUUAAUUUUUCACAUCCUAUAUAAGCAUAUGUACUUAGUUUCAUAUGUAGAGACCCAGGAUCACUCAAUCCUUACCUACCUACGCCAAUGUCUAUUUCAUACAAAUACCGAUGCAUCGCACUUCAGUCAAUCAUUCAACCAAUUUAUAGCAUAAUAUUAAUAAAAUUCCUUUGAAUUCGUAUUGUCUUUUAAAUUUUUGAAUUAUUUUAGAUUUUAUAUUCACUAAUAUUGUUCAAAUCAAUCUUUUAAUUGUGUAAUAACUCGCUUCAUUUAUUCGAUAAUUUGAAGUUCCGACAUGUAUGAAGUUAGUUACUAACAAGUCGGAAUUUUGUAGUUAAAUAUAAAUACACAACAGUAGCGUGUUUACUACUUUUACUUAAUUAUAUGAAACUGCUUUUUGCGUAUACAAAUAUUAAUGCAUGUUUUAAUACUCGUCAUAUUUAUUUUAUAGAAUCAUAAGUUUACGUUCUGUAUAACGUUGAACAUGACAUUACCUCACGGUGAAUAUUUACAAGACUUGGACGCAAUAAUUUUAAAAUAAUUGAAUAAAAUUUUAAUGAUUCAUCAAUGGAACAAAUGGAUACAUCCUUUCCCUGUACAAUGAAACAAGAGCGAGAAGAAUUCGACAUCGGAAAUACUGAUGAUGAUAACAUUAGUCUUGAAGACAUCAACAAUCUCCUAUCAAUAUCAUUACCUUCACUUUCAGCCAACAAAUUUCAUAUACCUACUGAUCAAAAUGAUGAAUUUCUUCGACUGACCACUACGGUUCGUGCUGUGUAUUUUUCAUAUCUUCACAAAUGCCUGCUGACUAAUUACAUUCUUUGUUAUAAAGAUAAGAAUGAAGAUAUUCCGUGUGAUCAGUUAAAAAAAUGUGCAAAUCAAAUGGAAUUACUUGCAGUUCGAUCAUCUCUAGAAGCAACAUUAUAUAGACAAAACAUGUUAAAACUGAUUUCAGAUGUAAAAUCACAUACAUCACAGAAAAAAACCUAUAAAAAGUUAAUAAUAUUUUUAGAAACCCCACCCACCAAAGUGGAUGUUGGAAUUCAAACAACUAAUUCAUGGGUGGAGUUAGAAAAACUUGAUAAUAUUCAAAGCAUUUGCAUUACAUCUAAUUCUGAAGAAUUACUUUCUACAAAACAAACACCACAGGCUAAUGAAGAAGAUGAUGUAAAGAUUGAAAAUGAAAAUUCGGACAUAUUUUCACAGUUGACUGUUUGUAAUGGUGCUGCUUCACCUACUGUAAAUUCCACUUAUUUCCAUGACACAGAACCUAGUAAUGAAUCAAGCAAUGAAAUCAAUAAUGAAAUGAUAUUUGAUGAAGACACAAUGAAAGAAGAUAGCAUAAUGAAAGAAGAUAGCAUAAUGAAAGAAGGAAGUUUUAUACAAGACAGUUCUAAUACUCAAAUCAUAAAUCAAUCUAAUGUUCAGAAUGAUGAAGAAAAUUCACAAGAUUCACUUUUGCAACACAUGGAAGACAUGUUUUGUGACAGUGAUGAUAGUAGUGAUCUUAUGACACUGAUUGAGAAACACUCUGGUGUUACUAGAGCAAGUGUGAGUAAAGAAAUUAACUUUCUUCUUCCACAAGACUCCAAUCAAUCUAGUAGUAUACCUGAAAAUAAUAGCAAUGUAAAGAGCAAUCCUAUAAAAAGUAAUAAUGUAAAAGCACCAGAUAUAAGUAAAGGAAAAUAUAGUUUUAGUUACUAUAAAGAAAUGAAAGCUAGAGAAUCUAAUAAAUCAUUACCAGUAGAAAGUGAAACUAAAGAAAGUAAACAAAAACGUAGACUAAGCAGUAUUUGGUUCGUUGAACGUGUUUACCAAGUAUCAAAGUUAAAGGCGAAAAUGACAGAGUUAUCUCUGAAAAAUUAUAGAAGACAUGGUCGUGUAAAACAAAAAUUUAUUGAAUUGUUUGGAGAAUCUGAUGACGAGGAGAUGAUGCCAGAUUCGCCAAUUUGUAUAGAAGAACAUUUAACUGCAUGUAAAGAAAGAAUAGCACCAUGGAUUGUAAAACAUUUAAUGCCAUUCUAUAAAAAAAGAAGAAUCAAAGACAGACAACUUUUUAAAGUAGUUGCAAAGCAUAUAGCUGAUAUGCUUAUUAUUGAAAAUACAUUUCCUGAGCAAGACUGUGUGAGCAAAUACAUAGAAACGUACUUUAAAAAUAAGAAGUUCAUUAAAACUAAACAAGACGUAUACUUAUAAACAAACGAUUAUAUAGUUGGAUCUUUUAAACAGAAAAAAGGUAGCAUAAAAUGCAGUAUUAGCAAUGCACUUGUUUAUAUAUUACAAGUUCAAGGUUGGAAAUUAGAUGGUUACAACUAUGUACUUUAUUUCAAAGAAGAGAGAUACAGUAAAGGAGUAUGUUCAGUAUCCAUUACUCAAAGAUAUGUAUAUAAAAAGAAUGUAGCAUAAGUAAGAGUGGUAAUUUCAUGAAAUAUUUGUAGAAGUUUUUAAAAGAAUAACGUGAAUUUUUGUGUGAAAGUUAUUCAACAUAGUGUAUUCUAAACUAGCAAUGCUGCCUCCUUUGUUUAUUAAUUAAGUUCCUUACACAUCUUUCGAUUAAGGUAGAAACUGUUUUCCUACUUAUUUGAAGCUUUAAAGUAGUUAUGUAAGUUACAGUCUCAAUUUGUCUUAUGUGUCUUAUUAUUUAUAAUGAUGUACAAUACUUCUGUUUAUAUAUUGGUGUAAAUGGGUGCGCAUGCACGCGCACGUAAUAUGUACAUUAGAAUGAAACUUGCAAUAUAAACUAUAACUUAAAUGAAAAACUGUAAAAUAGUUUAAUCUAUGCCCUGUACAUAGUCCCUUUGAUAACUAUACACGUUCAAGAAGUGUUACGCCCAACAUAAAUUAAAAACUGAAAACAUUGAUUUUACUGUUGAUUUCAGUACAGUAAUGAUACUAUUUCUGUAUUCUGUUCUCAUAGUAAACCGAGAAGUGUAACGAGGAGAUUCAAAACGUGUUGGUGAUAUAUAUAUUUUAUCAUCAGUAAACAAAGAUAUAAGUUCAAAAAAGUUUAGAUUAGAUUUUUAACAUUUCUUUAUGUAAAGAAUAUCAAAUUAUAAACAAUUUUUAAAAGAUUUCACCUCCAUUUCUAAUUCAAUUUAUCUUAUCCACUUAGCUUGUAAUAGCACAGUUUACAAACUAUAAUUUAUACACUACUUACAAGCUGUCCAGUAGAAAUCGAUUUAGUAAAAUACUACAUUUAUUUCUUUUCAUUUUAAAUAUUUUCAGUGCUAAAAUAUUUCUGUAAUAUAUAUAUAAAAAUCUACAAUGUGUACAAAGAAAAUGACCUGAACUGUUUUAAAAAAGUAAAAGUGUUAAUACUAUUUCUACUGAACAACUUGUAAAUGAAUAACUUUUAUUUUGAUAUUUUAUUUUUAAGCCAUAUUGUGAAAUUUAUGAAUUUUAUAUACUUAUUGUAUUAAUUAGAUUUUUGUAUACAACUUUACUUUUCAAUUUCUGGAAAUGAUAAAUAUCAAAUUAUAAAUCUUGCCAUAGAAUGCCAAUAGUAUUAUUGCAAAAAAUAAAAUGAAAAGUAAAGAUUUUAUUCAUAUUUUUUCAAUGAUAAUGAUACGUAAAAGAUCCUUCUGAAUAUUUUACCAUGUGUUUUAAACACAAGAACUUCCAAAAACAAAUAUUCUAAUUUAACAUCACAGCACGAGAAGCUCGAUUAAAUAU